CCCGGGUGAUUGUACACACUUCCUGCUCGGGGCUGAGCAGCCACACUAGAUUCAGGCUGGGGACACAGGAGGGCUCCAGGCCCAGAAAGGGCCCAGGGCAAGACGAUGGCCAGUGAGGGCACCGAACUCAGCACCAGGAUGUCCACAGAAGACCAGGGCAUAGACGACAGUUUUAUCUACGAUAUUAUAUUCAAGCACUUCAAAAGAAAUAAGGUGGAGAUUUCAAGAGCAAUAAAAAAGGAAUUUCCUUUCCUUCAGAUUCUUCGUGACCGUGAACUCAUCACCAAUAAAAUGUAUGAAGAUUGUCAAGAAUCUUGUAGAAACCUGGUCCCUGUACAGAGAGUGGUGUACAAUGUGCUCGAAGAACUGGAGAAGACAUUUGACCUAUCACUCCUGGAAGCAUUAUUCAGUGAGGACAACAAACAGGAAUACCCUGCCUUAAAUAACAUUUAUAAAGGAUUUGAAAAUGCAAUCCGUGAGAAAAUUUGUUUCCAAGAAAAUGAUGGAGAAGAGAGUGUGGAGAACCCUAACACCCAACUAAGUCUUGAACAAGGCACUGGUGAAAACUCAUAUCAAAGCCUGACCUGGAUCUGCUCACAUCCCUCGAAUUACAAUGGUACAUCCCCACCUGAAAAUGGACUAUCAGAGCACCAUCGUGAAAGAGGACAGAUAAAUGUGAAUGAAACAGUUACAACCAGUAACAAUGAUGAUGCACUAGAAAGCCAACAAGCAAAUGAACAAUGUACGCAAGAGACUGAGUCAGCAGAGUCCUAUGAACAAGUACCCAUCCAAGAAAAUAAUGGAAAUGCAAGACUAGAGAUGCCCAGCCCAUUGCCCUCUGAUGAAGAAAGAGCAGAACUACCCAACCAUGGAAUCCAAAUAAAUUCCUGUUCUGUACGUCUGGUAGAUAUAAAGAAGGAAAAGCCAUUUUUUAAUACAAAUGUUGAAAAGGAAACCCAAAUAUCUGACAUAAUAGUGAUCAGCAGUGAUGAAGAUGAGUCCCCCAAAGCCUCUACCUCGGAACAAAGAAGGAGGCCUGAGCCCCUGGAUUUGAGAACAUCACCCACAUGCAGGAAAAGACUUUGGGAAAAUGGGAGAAAUCAUGAAGAGUCUUCUGAGUCCAGUGCAGAUCUGACGCCCCCGGAAAUCAGGAGUUAUACCGUGAGAAGUGGUCCUGAUGAGGAGGAUUCCCCAGAUAUUGGAAACCAAUCUACUUUGAAGAUGAGCAAUAAGAAAAGACGGAUCAGCAGUGGUGACUCUUCAGAAUUGAGUAAUGGAGAAGAGCCUCAGGAAACUUCUAGUUCAGCCCUCAGAAAUGGGUCAGGUAACGAAGAUUAAGAUGCCAAGCCUUGGUCUGCGAAUGUCAGAAAUCUGAAAUUAAAGCUACUGUUUCCAGAUGCAUUUUUCUCUGAGCAUCUUGAAGAACUUAUACCCAGUUAAUCCUGGCAACUCCUUUCAGCAUUUUAGAAAAUGGGAGGAGGCAGGAAAUUAUUACAAACUCAUGUUUAACAGGAUGAGUCCUAUUGACUAAAUGUAUAUAAUUAUACAUUGCUGUUUUAAAAGAAAUAAAUAGAAAAAUGAUAACAUCUUUUUAAAUACCUGCUGUGAUGCCCACUAAGAUCUUAGAUUAUAUUGGUUCACAUUAAUAUCAUUUGUAACAGUAAAAGAGAACUGGCCCUGCUAUGUAAUUAUAGACAGAAAUAAAGCUUCGGAUCAACCACUCUCAAA